AUGGUAAUAGGUAUGCAUUAUUUUUCACCCGUUGAGAAAAUGGAACUAUUAGAAAUUGUUCGUGCGGAUAAAACAUCAAAAGACACAAUUUCAGCAGCUGUAAGCGUUGGUUUAAAACAGGGAAAAGUUGUCAUUGUUGUACGUGAUGGUCCGGGCUUUUAUACCACACGAUUAUUAAUGUUUGCUCGUGCCGAAGUAUUCCAUUUAUUUCAAGAAGGUGUUAGUCCAAAAGACAUUGAUAAAGCAACAAAAAAAUGGGGUUUUCCAGUUGGUUCAGCAACGUUGUUCGAUGAAGUUGGUAUUGAUGUAGCUGCUCACAUAGCUCGUGAUAUGUAUAAAGUCUAUGGUGAACGUUUAUGCGAUAAGGCAAUGCCAGAUUUAUUAGCAGAUCUCGUUAAAAAUGGUCUACACGGCAGAAAAAGUGGAAAAGGUCUAUAUUUAGAAAGUAUUUAUAAUGUAACAAUUUCGUCAAUAUUACAAAAACGAUAUUUUAUUUGUAUCAUUCAUCUGAAUGAUUUUGUCAACAAUAGACAUUUUAGAUAA